GUUUCUAUCACUACAGGCUUGCGCGCUUUGACGGACAUCUCUGAACUAUUGCGCAUUUGUAUCUGGAGCUUUAGUAUUUGAGCUCGCAGCGAGCUUCCGACUUUUUUCAUACACCCGCACUCUUCUUAAAAGCGGGAUUGUCAAGCUAGCAACUAGCGACCCGUUCCCGACAUUGAAGUGAACAUCAAAAUGGAUGCCACGGAACUCAAUGGCAAUGGCCACGCAGCGGCCCAGUCGUCAAAGCCGGUGGUGGUCGUCGGCUCCAUGAUUGCAGCCCAGGAUGGCUCCUAUCAGCGUGUCGUUGAGCAGGAGUCCGCAGGGGGAGCCAAGCAGGUCGAGAUGUACAUGAGCGACAGGAUUACCGACGGAGCAUCUUCCUUGACGGACAGCGCAUUCCAGUCGGCGCACUUGAUCAUGCCUUUACAAGAAGCCCAGAAUGCGGUCCUCCUCACAGCUCUGUUUUCAGCGCUAGAACCUGGCUCCAGCAUUGCAGUCGAGAAUGCGGGCACGAACACCACAACGGCACAUGAGAUCGAAGUCCUUGGUAAGAAGGUCAAGGCAGAGCUUCUGAUUGCAGGCUUCGCGGAGUUGAGCAUCGAGGGAAAUGGGCAGCAGCAGCGGAUUCAAGGGCGGAAGCCGGUGGCAGCAGGGUCGUCCGAAGCAUCGAAUGGAUCUACAGGAGCUUCCACAGCUCUCCCAUUGCGACGGAAGCUCAACGGAGCUAGCGCUGCAGGGAUAAACAGAAGCGCCGGUAGCAAGGCGGCGAAGAAAGCCCUGUGGGCGACGACGCCCAACAGCAACGCCCCACUCAUAGAUGCCGAAGCGCUCCUCACUGCCGCCGACAAGAUCAACCCGAACGCGGUGCGGGGCUCAGACUGUCCGCCGGUCCAGCCAGGCUUCUCAGCUACAGGUGGCACAAAGCGAAAGAAGGCAUGCAAGGACUGCACAUGCGGUCUGCGGGAGCUGCAAGACGCUGAGGACGCCGUUGCCGCAUCUGGGACUGGACAAUGGCAACAGGAGAUAGUUCAAUUGGCGGAGGAGGACAAUGACCUUCCGGACGCAAAGAAGCAAGAUUCGGGUGUCAUUCGUCGCGAGGUCAUUGAGACCGUUAUGGGCGCGGACGGAAAGGAGAAGAAGGUCAAGCGCAUCCAUGUCGAGACCAAAGGCGCAACGAGCAGUUGUGGGAGCUGUUUCCUCGGCGAUGCUUUCCGUUGCUCAAGUUGCCCUUACCUUGGUCUUCCCGCGUUCAAGCCUGGCGAGACUGUUCAAAUCCCAGCAAACAUGGACGAUGACAUUUAACCAGAGAUAGUCGUAUUUUCGCCCAGCAGCAAUGUAGUAAGGUGGCAGCACGUACGGCAUAUUGAAGGCGAGGAUGUCUUGUAUUCUAGGCCAGUGUGACUCUAUACAACAGUGACCCCAUGCCCCAUCAC